CACUGAGACCAUUGAACUUCAAAUUGGGCUGAAGAACUAUGACCCGCAAAAGGACAAGCGUUUCAGUGGUUCUGUGAAUUUGCCUCACGUCCCGCGCCCUAAGAUGAAAGUCUGCAUGCUUGGAGAUGCCCAGCAUGUGGAAGAGGCUGAGAAAAUUGGCAUGGAGUAUAUGGAUGUGGAAAGUUUAAAGAAACUCAACAAAAACAAUAAACUUGUGAAGAAACUUGCUAAGAAGUACCAUGCUUUUUUAGCAUCCGAAGCUGUUAUCAAACAAAUCCCUCGUCUAUUGGGCCCUGGUCUAAACAAGGCAGGCAAGUUUCCUACCUUGGUGACACAUUCGGAAUCAUUGGAGAACAAAGUUGAUGAAACAAAGGCUACUGUGAAAUUCCAGCUUAAAAAGGUCCUUUGUAUGGGUGUUGCUGUUGGUAAUGUGGCAAUGGAAGAUAAGCAGAUUUUCCAGAAUGUUCAAAUGAGUGUGAAUUUUUUGGUAUCAUUGCUGAAAAAGAACUGGCAAAAUGUAAGGUGCAUGUACCUAAAGACCACAAUGGGAAGGCCUAUUCGUAUCUUUUAAUUUAUGUUCUUUGUAUUCUUUAGUCAAGUUCUUCCAAGGAGACAUGAUAAUUUCUGAAAGUUAUCAAUGGGUACUAAG